GUGCCAACCUGCCCCAGUAGGAGGAAGCUCUUGGGAAUUUUUAGCUUUGAAGUGCGGUAACCGUUAAUACAUGAAAUGUAAGUGUAUUUACAGUCAGACGUCUGUAGUAAACAUUAACAAGUACGAAACGGUCGGUGAAACGCUCAGAAGUGGGACAAGCGAAGGGAAAAAAUAAUAAUAUCAUUGUAUUGUUUUGUUUUGGAUCCUCCCCCUUCCUCUGUUUGUCCUCGUGCCCUGUUUCUGGAUUCACGCGCUGACAGGCUCCACAAUGCGUCCUGCGCUCGCGCCUCGUCUUGGGCGGCUGUGUAAACGCUGGGGCAUUUUUUGAGGAAACAGACAUGUGUGCUGUGUCCCGAACCAUCCCAGAUUUUUGAGUGGAAUUUCCCUGGACGGUGUGGACUGUGUGUGUGUGUGUGUGGGGGGGAUUUUGAGGGGAAAAUGCCCGGCAGGAACAGGUACAACCUGGUGGACGACGCGGCGGAUUCGCGCGUGCCGCUUCACAACGACGAGGCGUUUCAGCACGGCAUUCAUUUCCAAGCCAAGUAUAUUGGUAGUCUGGAUGUUCCGAGACCCAACAGUCGCAUGGAGAUCGUCGCUGCCAUGCGGAGAAUCAGAUACGAGUUCAAGGCGAAGAGCAUUAAGAAGAAGAAAGUGAACAUGGUGGUCUCGGUGGACGGCGUAAAAGUGAUACUUCGCAAGAAACAGAAGAAAUAUGACUUUUCAUUCACACAGAGGAAAGAGUGGACGUGGGAUGAAAGUAAAAUGCUGGUGAUGCACGACCCAGUGUACAGGAUUUUCUAUGUGUCCCAUGACUCUCAGGAUUUAAAGAUUUUUAGCUACAUUGCCAGAGAUGGGUCCAGCAACACCUUCAGGUGCAAUGUCUUCAAGUCCAAAAAGAAGAGUCAGGCAAUGCGUAUAGUGAGGACAGUAGGCCAGGCCUUCGAGGUGUGCCAUAAGCUGAGUCUGCAAACUGCAGAAGGACAGAUGGACAGACAGAUGGACAGACUUGCACUUGGAGAGAGUGGAAAAUCUGAGGAGGAGACAACUAGAGAAGGCCAUGAGUUGACUGGAGCUGAGCGCGUCAGUGGCGUAGAAAUGGAGAUGAAGUCGCUGCCAGCCAGUGAACAAGCCAUUAAUGAUGUCCUUCAGAGCCUAUCAGAGCUGAACAUGGUGAACCCAGGACAAACUCUCCAGGAACUAGAGGAGAUGCCUCUUCACCCUCUGUCUCCCAGCAGCCCUCACUCCCUGUCUCUCACACCACUGGCUGACCAGCACCACCUGCAUUUAUUACAGCAGCAGGUACUCCAGCAGCAACAGCAAGCUCAAGUCGCUGUGGCGCAGGUGCAGCUGCUGAAGGACCAGAUAGCAGCCGAGACGGCUGCCAGGAUGGAGGCUCAGGCCAGGAGCCACCAGCUCCUGCUGCAGAACCGAGACCUGCUGCAGCACAUAGCGCUGCUGGUCCAACACGUCAGUGAGCUGGAGGCCAAAGUCAACGGCCAUGCAAAUAAUGAAGACUGGAGAAGCUCGUCAUCCUGUUCUCUCUCUCUCAACCUGAAAAACCACUAUAGUUCAGACCAGCCCAUCACGUCCACCCCAGCAGGAGAGGUCCAGGUUUCCCCCACACCCCCUUAUACCAUGGCCUGUGCUGAGUCCUACCUCAGCCUGCUCAGAACGGGAAUGGCCCAUACCGUCACCACCAAUGGCAAGCCAGCAAACGUAGGACACAAGCAGAGAAUGGGCAGUACAAGCAGUGACUUCACAAAGUUCAAUUCAGCGGCAGUGGAUCAACGGGUUAAAGAAAUAAUCCCAAAACUGGACCCGCCCCCUCCUCCCGUCAACCGAAAGCGACCGAACAGAACAGGAUCAGAAACAGCAUCGAGUCUGGCCUUCAGCUCGUCCUUCCCUGAUAUUACACCAUGUUUUGUUUCUCCGGGUGAGUUCGGCAAUGAUCUCAGCGCCUCCUGUUCGGCGAGCGAAGAUUCCGGUAUGCGGUCCGACAACAAGCCACCUGGAGAGGAUCUGUUCGAAGACCGCAACUCCGCCGUCCUCUCCACGUCCAGCACCUGCAGCAGUUUGCCAGAGGACCACCCCCUGGCUGGAACCCCGCCCCGCUCGGCCACCCCCAACAGCUACGAGCACACGCUUCCUUUUUCAUCUCCCCUUAACAAAACCUGCCUUCACAUCAGUCUGAGUGAGGACGAGCUUCUGGAGGACGGGGUCUUUACCACAGCAAGCCCACUAAGUAGCUCACUUAGUUAGUAGUAAAGGCAACAAAAACUUGAAACUAGCGAGGGUUCAUGACUGGACGGAAUAUAGCUACUUAAGCCAUGCUUUCUCCUUCUACAGCAGCUAAAGAAAACAAAAAUUGAUAUUCUGGUGGAAACAUGGCUGCUGUGAUUGACCCGUACUUUAAUGGCAAAGUCAAUUUGCCAUUGUUACUUUCUUCCCUGGGUGGCAUAGUGGUGCUGCAGGAACAUGUUGGCUCCAGGGUCCCCAGUUCGAUCCUGACUUCAGGUUACUGCCUGUGUGGAGUUUCUCAUGGUCUCCCCAUUUCCAUGUGGGUUUCCUCUGGGUUCUCCAGUUUCCUCCUAAGGUGUCUUGGCAACUCUUAACUUGCUCCUUGGUUUGAAUGAGUGUACAUGGUGCCCUGUAAUGGACUGGCAUCCCCAUCAUGCAUGGCACCCAAUGAUCCUGGAAUAGGUUCCAGAUUCUCCACAACCCUGAUGAUAAAGCGGUUACAGAAGAUGAAUGAAUGAAUGAAUUUUCUUCCCUGCCUUUAUUAAGGACUUUUAUUAAUGCGGGUGUCUUCUUCUAAGACAAAAGCACUCACUGGGUCGUAAUCAGAGUUGAAUUAAGCUUGUGUCGUGAAGAUUUAAUUUGCACGUUUGCAGAUUUAAUUUGAAGACUGAAAUUGUGCACAUCAUUAUUCAGGUGUAACUAGCAGUUACGUCGCAAGUUAUGCAUGCCAGGUGGAAUUUAAUUAAAACAGGAUUUUUGACAGCAAAGAAAGAAAAAGCAAAUGCAAUAUCAUUCUUUCUGGUAUUUUGACUCAAGAAAAAUCUCUACAUUAAAGUGAUUCGCUUAAUUUGAAUGGGAAGCCCAGAAAAUCGACUUCUAACUCAUCGACUGCGUAGCUCAUGUCUGAAUACGAGUAACUUUCCUCAUAAUUAUUAACAUAAAUAUUUACAACUUUUGGACUUACGUGAUUAACUCUGAAUACGGCCCAUUAUGUGCAAUAUCUUUAAACGUUUUUCACGUGAAAAUGUACUGGAAAUUAAUGCACACUGGACUGAGGUGUGUAAAUAGAACAUUUUUUUUUUUUUUAGAAAAAUGAUUAGGUUGAAUUAGAACCUAGAAAAGAAAAGGGUAUAGAAAUGUAUUAGAAAAUAAGACUGUUUUUUUAAUUAGCUGCUACAUUUUAUUGUAAGAAUUUAUACAUCUCAAGUCGAUGGACUAUUGUUGAAAUUAAAUAUUGAUGAAACGCUUUGAAGGUUGAAGAGCAGACAGGAGAAGAAGCAUCACCAGGGAAAUUAUAUUUAUUUAAAAAAAAAAAAGCAAACAUUUUGGUGACAGAGAAUGGUCUAGGUCAAGUCUGGAAAGAAAUGCAAAUGCUCAUCAAAAAUGUGUGCAGAAAUAUGCAAACGACAUGGACGAGGGAGUUUAAUCUAGAUAUCAUAAUCGGAGCAAAUCACUGCUCAUUUAGUUUGGUUUAAGGAAUGGAAAGAUUGACACCCAGAUGAAGCAAAGCAUAAUUAAACUUUUGAAUCAUGUUUGCAACACUGCCAUGGUGUCAUCAUCAGCUGGAAAGCAGGACAAGAUUCUUAUCGCUCCGUUCUUCCUGAUGGAGAGUGGCAGUGAUAGACAGACAGACAGAUAGACAGAAUCCCGGGGUGGAAAAAAAGUGUUGCCUUAGCAGUGAAUUGACUCCGAGGUGAAGCGAGACCAAGGUAAAUCAAUUUCCUUGCUCUGUGGAUUUCCUUGUAUUAUUGAUACAGAUAACAUCAUGGUGAGCUCAAAAAAAGUUCCGACUUUUCCAGCCCUGUAGAAGUGGGGACACUGUGGUAGGUUUAAAAUUAACCAAACUAACAGACAUUUGAGACACAAAACUGUGAAAUGUGCAUGAAGACAUCUAGCAAUAAGAUGCGCAUCAAGAACAAUGUUAGCUUCUUGUACUAGGGACAGAAGGAACAAAAAAGAUGUCAGGAGAGAAAGAAAAGUGAGAAUGAAUGAGAUGGAAGGGAUUAGUAGAGAGGAAGAUACAACCGCAAGAAGGAAGAAGGUGGAAAAGACAUGGAGGUAGGGAGUGCAUUUGCAGUGUCACUGUGGAAACGGGUACAGUUACACUCACAGCAAUAAAACUGAAAUAAUGAAAAGAAUAAAUAAACAAAACACAUGUUAAACCA